ACUUUAUAGACGGUUACCGAGCAGUAGGAGGAGAUUUCUUCCACCUGGACAGGUUGGGACGUUGGAGCAAGGAUUUUGUAACUCGGUGUGAGCGCUGUGCCAAGGGCAGGGAGAGGAAGAUAAGCAGGUUUGAGUUGAGUGGGGUGAGGAUUCCGAGUUGCAAGUGGUCAGGAACGAUGCGGGCUCUAGAGCGGGGCUCGGCUUCUGCCUGGUUGGCGGUGGCUCAGCUACUCUGGCUGCACUGUCCGCCCGCCAGCUCCUUCUGGACGGCGUACAUCAACAUCAGCUUCUACGACCCCGGGGCCAACCGCACGGAGCAGGAGAAGACGGAGAGCGGCGUGUACGGCCAGGAUUCGCCACUGGACAGUGUCCGGGGACAGGUGGGCAUCGCGCAGUCGGGCGGGGGUUUCGGCUGCGACCCGGACCUCCCGUACAUCAGACCCGACCCCCACCAGCCUUGGGUGGCCCUGAUCGAGAGGGGGGACGGCUGCACCUUCUCCGAGAAGAUCCUCAACGCCGCCGAGCAAGGGGCGAGCGCGGUUGUCAUCUUCAACUACCAAACGCCAACCAACGAAGUGGUCCAAAUGUCCCACCCUGGGACUGGUAAAACGGUGGCUGUAAUGAUUGGCAACAUUAAAGGGCGUGAGAUUCUGGCGCUGGUGAAGAACGGGAUCCAGGUUUACAUGGUGAUCGAGGUUGGGCGGCAGCACGGACCGUGGAUGAACCAGUACUCCAUCUUCUUUGUCUCCAUUUCCUUCUUCGUGGUGACUGCCGCCACGGUCGGCUAUUUCAUCUUCUACACGGCCAGGAGACUACAGAUCGCAAGGGCUCAGUUAAGGAAGCAGAAUCAACUGAAAAAUGAAGCCAAGAAGGCCAUUAAUCAGCUGGAUCUCCGCACCUUGAAGCAAGGUGACCAGGAGACUGGCCCAGAUGCUGACACCUGUGCUGUUUGCAUCGAAGCUUACAAGCCUAAUGAUGUUGUUCGCAUCUUGACUUGCAACCACAUAUUCCACAAGAGCUGCAUUGAUCCCUGGCUUUUGGAGCACAGAACCUGCCCCAUGUGUAAAUGCGACAUUCUGAAAGCUCUGGGAAUCGAGAUUGAUGAGGAGAAACCUGACGAAGCUCCGGAGCUGGAGCAGGUAUCCAGCAGUCCCCAAAGAAGUGGGCAGGAUAGGAACACUGAAGUCCCUGAGCAUGCCAUCUACACUCUACCCUCAGGACAGGAUGAAUGCCCAGCGACUGACGACAGCCCCAGUAUCAGUGAAGAACAACGCCUUUUCAAUAAUGAAGCUCGGGGGAAUGCUCUAUCUGUGUAUGUUCUGCCACAGGACAACCCUGCCUACGAAGAAAUUGACCUGCGCGAUGAAGUGAAGUCUUGAAUCAUCCCAAAGUGGUAAAACUCUGAAGACGGCAUCAGCCACCAACUGAUAUGGAAGGAGCCUCUCUCCAGCGAACGUUUCGUUCAAAGUCUUUGUGGACUGGCUCGCAAUCUACUUUCUGCUGCAUUUUUUUUAUGCCAAUGUUUUAAAAUAAAAGUCAUUUUAGAUAGCCUAUAUAUAAUGGACAACGUGAUUAAUACUGAUGCUGGAUUCCCGGGAUUUCAUGCAAUCGGUCGGAUUAAUUUUCCCUUGGUCCAGUGACUGUGGGGUUGUAGAGAAAGGCAGAGAUUACAGAACGUCAUGCUUAACCAUUGGAUGGUGCAAGUUCGGAGGUCAUUUAAACCUCUGCGCUCCAAACGUGAAUGGGCUGUCGUACUUUCCCCAAGGUAGAUAACGUCUGUAGUGGAAUCUAUUUUGUUGUGGGCCUUUAAACCAUGCCUGCACUCUGCUGAUCGCUACAUGAAAUUGCACUAUACCUUUGAAGAAAAUGCAGGCAAAAGGUUAACUGUCUACUAUCAAAGCAGUGCUAAUGCAAAUAAAACCAGUUGUCGAUUGGUGGUAUCUCUCCUGGAUAAUUUGACCCCUGAUAUGGAAAAUACUUUUGAUUAAUCUUCCACACUGUCAUAAUGGUGUUGCUGGUCCACUUGCUUCAUAAUUUGUGAUGCAUUUACCAGUAUUUUACUUUGCUGAAAAUAAUAAAGAAUUUUAAUUUUUUUUUAAUUUUGGGGGGGGGAGGGGGGGGGGGAACAAGUGAUGUUAUCAAUCAUAAAGGCAAGUUAGUCAUUCCAUUCUAGGCUCCCGAAAAGGGCUGUCAUAAACAACUUGACACUGAAGUUGCUUUUAAUCAAAGUUUAUGGUCAAAGAGCAUUUUAAAUAACCCUCUACAGAAUUGGCUUUUACUGAUUUUUGUUUUCAAAAGCAAACUGAAAUCGUCAAUAAAGUUAAAUCUAUUUUGGAGAUAAAA